GGGGGGCCGCUGCUGGUGCGGCAGGGCCGGCCGCAGCUGCUGCUCACCGUGCGCUCCAUGCAGCUGAGAAGAUCACCAGGGGAAGUGUGUUUUCCAGGAGGUAAAAGAGAAGCCACUGAUAAAGAUGAUAUUGACACUGCUCUCCGAGAAGCUAAAGAAGAAGUGGGUCUGCAGCCAGAGAAGGUGGAAGUUAUCUGUAGGCUGAUGCCUGGAAUUGAUAAAAUGAACAACUUGGUGACACCAGUUGUAGGAUUUAUUGAGGACACAUUCCAGGUCACUCCUAAUCCAGACGAAGUGAGCGAGGUUUUUGUUGUGCCUUUGGAGUACUUUGUCAAGCCCUUACAUUACGAGGCCUUUUCUUAUGAAACCUCCUCAGGUUAUUUAAUUCAGGUACACUGCUUUACGUAUCAUGACCAGGAACAUAAAAAGUCAUUCAAGAUAUGGGGACUGACUGCACACUUUGCUGUAUUUCUUGCUCUUGUAAUUUUCGGAGAGAGACCUACCUUUGAAGUGGAUUAUGAUCUUGACAACUUAAUGUCAUCCUCCGAGAAUUACUUCAGUAAUUUGUAUGCAUCUAUAUGUGAAAGAAAGAAGAGCAAUCUCUGACAACUUAGUCUGGCAAUUAAUUGAUUUUGAAAAAGGAAAAAGGAGGUUUAUUUAUUUCCUUUGUACCUAAGUUUUGAAAGCUACACUUGAAUUUCUUCUGAAUUGGGAACUUCAAGUUGACAGUGCCUAACUAAAUUAAUUUAAUUGUUAAUCUCCUUUAAGAAUUGCAAGAAGCACACAAUAUUUUUUGUGAAACAGAGUUUUAAAAGGUCUCUUUCAGUUCCUUCUCAGUUUCAAUGGCUUUGUUCUGUGUGAUCAGAGGUACUUUCUGUGGUUUGCCUUGUCUAUAAUGAGGUAUGGUGACUAUUUGAUGUAAUUGGUGUCUAUUUGAGUUAAUGUAGGAAAACAGAAUCCUGAUGCUUUCCACCAAUUUCAGGGAUUCUAAGUGGCUUGUAGUGGACGCCCUUCCAUGGGAUCUGAUGCCACCUGCCCACGUUUCAAACUGGUCCAGACUAGAGCUCCUAGUGCUGCAUGGGGCGGGGGAGUGGGGACCCGCCCCAUGGCACAGCGCAGCUGCUUUGGGGCUGGAGGCACCACCCAGCGCGGGGGCUUAGGCGCCUCAGGGGGGAUGGGGCUGUACUGGUGGUACUGGUGGUGCUGGGAGCUCACCUGUCUGUGGACCAGAGGGGCUCAGGUGAAUGCGUGUGCUCUUCCUGGGGACCUCCAGCCCAGUGUCACUCUGCUCCCGAACAGCUGCUCCCAGUAUUCCCAAUAAAGCCUCCCAGUUCACCUGGUCCUGUUUAUUGGGGGCCAGUGGGGAAGGACAUGGAGAGACCCUGUGGGGGGGAUCCAUGAUUGGAGGGGGCCAGAAUGGGUGCCAGCAUGGAUUGGGAAUGGGGACCCCCAGGAAAGGUCUUGUCCCCACAUUCUCACCCUGCUCUGGGGGGCCUUGGGAGGAACCUGAACCCCAACUCAGCACCGGGCCAAUCCAAAAGGUGCUGGAAACCUCCUAAGAUGCCAGGGCAAUUUGGGGAGGGGGCGCAUGGGGGGCGCCCAGACUGGGCCAAGAGCCCAGCACUGCCUCAGCCCAACCUGCCCCGGCUCCAUCUCAGCUCCUCCCGCGGGAUGCAACUUGUCGGGAAAACAGGGGGAGCCAAGGCUGGACACUGGGCCCAGGGGAAGCAGAAGGGAUGGAGGAGGAGGGCAAAGGAAGGAGCAGAGAAAGGGCCAGAAAUAAUAGGAAGAGAAGGCAAGACUAGAAAGGGGGAGGAGUGGGACCCAUACCAAUGCAAUUUAAGAGUCCCAGACCUCUCCCCCACUUUCUGGGGUUCCCAGCUUCUUUUUCCCUGCUCUUCCACCGCUUCCCCACUGCCCCCCAAUCCACCACCCCCAUCCCACAUGCUUGAUUUUGGGGUUUCAGACCCCUCAUCUUUACUCUGGAGGUCCCAUACUCCCUAGCUCAAAAUUCAGGCACUGCAUUGCUGAAUUGUCCUGGGAGGAAUGCCUGAGCUUGGAGAAUUUUGGGGUGUAGUUUUGGAAUGGGACAGCUCUGUCUGGAUUUCUCCUCCCUGUUGUGGCCUCUCAGCUGCCCUGGGGGUGCUGGCAUUUCCCUCCUGGGGACAAGGAUGUUAAUUCCCUUCCAGGAGCCCAGUGCCUGGCUGGGGCUCCAGGGAAGGGGGUCCUUGAGCAGCUGCCCCAGAACCUCUGCCAGGGUCUCCCAGUGCAGCCGGAGCUGCUCAGCCUGGGGUCCACAAAGCCCUCAGCAAGCCCAAGUCCCUCCCAGGAACCCUCAACUCCCUCAAACACAGCAUUCCCCACAGCCUCUGUAAAUUUGCCCCAUGGCACCGGCCAUGGCCAUGUCCCCACAUGUCACUG